AUGGCAAUGUACUAUCAACAUUGUUAUGAUCCUCAAAUGAAUAGAUAUGACCCAUAUUCUAACAAUUACAAUUCACAAUGGGAGGAAUAUUCUAAUACUUUCUAUGGUGGAAAUCAAUAUGUUAAGCCAAAUUACGACUCUCAAUCAGAAUAUAAUGAGUUUGCGCCACAAUAUUCAGAUCCAUCAAAUGGAGAUCUCAUCAAUGCACUGAAUGACAGUAAUAUCCAACUUCAACAGAUGUCAGAGCAGGCUUAUGGGCCUUUCCCUCAACAACCUCCUAUAGGAAUGCCACAAGAUCAGGAACCAUCAAUUUCAGAUAUGCUAAAAACCUUGGUGGCUUCAACUAUGCAGACCCAAGUUAUUCUUCAAAGUACAGAAGCGUCCCUCAAGAAUUUGGAGAGUACUAUGGGACAAAUUGCUACAUCAUUGAAUAAUCUUGAGGUUGAGAGUAUUGGAGAAUUACCCACAAAAUUAGAGAGUAAUCCAAUAGAGAAUGAUGGUACCUUAACUCUUAAAAGUGGUCCACAACUUGACACACCACCUCAUCCAGACAUAACAUUUAAUCUAAUUCCAACUCAAGAAGUCAACAAUUCAACCCAAGAAGCAUCUUCUCCACCGGAGAUCGAAACUUUCACAUCAGUUGGUCCAUCAUCACAGAACAUGCUACACAAACCAACUGUUAGAUUGUAUGUCCCUAUUCCUCCUUUUCCGAGCAGAAUGACAAAAUUUAAGAAUGAGGAGGAAAAUAAGGUGAUCCUUAAAAUCAAUAUUUCGCUUCUUAAAACUAUUAAGCAAGUGCCACCAUAUGCUAAGCUUCCUAAGGAGCUGUCCUCAAAUAAAAGUGUGAGGGAGAAUGUUUCUAUUAUUCUGCAAAGGAAGUUGCCACCCAAGUGUCAAGACCUUGGGAUGUUUAUAAAUCCAUACACUAUCAGGUUAUUAAAAGAAACUAGUGGUAUUAUUCAAUUGGCUAAUCACACUAAUGCUUAUCCCCUAAGGGUAGUUGAAGAUGCUUUGGUGCAGGUUCAAUUUGGUAGGCCAUUCUUACUGAUUACAAGUACAAAGAUGGAUGUCAAAGUAUGGGUACUUACAAUAGAAUUUGAAGGUGAAUUUAUACAAUUUGAUAUGUUGAAUUCUAUUGAUAAGUUCAAGAGAAAGAAAGUUCUGUUAAAUGACCCACCAUAA